AUGUUUAACUUCAACUUCUUUAAGUCUGCCGGCGCUGAGGAGCAGCACACCGAGGGCAAUAACUGGAACGCCAACACCGUCACUAUGCAACCUACCAGCCCCGCUGCCCCUUCAAGCAACCAGGCCGUCGUCUCUGAGCAGCCCUCUACCCAAGAGCAAAUGCAGCUGCGCGGUGGUGGUGGCGGCGGCGUUUGCUGCGGAAUCUGCGCCGGUAUUGCUUGCUGCGAGUGCCUGGAGUGCUGCUGCUAG